AUGGUCCAGUACAUUCGCUUUCUGCGCACUCCGCAAAGCAACGUGGGUAAAAAGACUGUUGAUAUUUCAGCAGUCGUUGCCCUCACGACAGAUCUGGGUGAUGCAUUCUUCGGUGAGGAUGUUGAACUGCUCGUAAAUGUCAUCGAGGCCAAUUCUCCCCACGCUGUCCUGUGCUCUCAGCCCAUUCAGUGGCAGGCUUCAUCACGAGCUCUCAAGUUCUCUGUUCACUGUCCUGGCAAGUAUCUCUCUAGACCUGUACGUCUCCAUGUGACCACCAAGGACACCGAGACUGCAUCUCAAUUAUUAGAGAUUCCAAAGAUCGUCGAUGUCUGGAGUGAUGUCUUCCCUUUGUCUAAUCAACAGCGGACGGAACCAAUUGUGGAGCGUCGAAUCGCCUUGUCAAAUAAGAGCGUCGUGAGGAUGUGGGAGGAGACGGGUGACAGUAUUGCUCGGCAUAUCUGGGAUGCAAGUCUAGGGUUUCUCGUCUACUUCGCCCAAGCGCUGUCUACGUCCCCCGUCGAGGGAAUGUCAAUGGUGGCGGCCCUGUUCAAGUCCAGCAAGGUAAGACGACUUAGGGUGUUGGAGCUGGGAGCAGGCUGUGGCAUAGUGGGAAUCGCUUUGGCACAGCUUGUCAAAUGCGACCUUCUCCUCACCGACCUGGAGGACGCUCAGGAGAUUUUGGCCAGCAAUGUCCGAUGUGCUGCGCCCGUGGCAGGCUCCACAGUUCGGUCGGAAGUGAUGGAUUGGGCUUCAAGCCUUGAUGAUAGCUCCAAUGCCAAUUACGAUCUCAUUUUGGUUUCCGAUUGCAUCUACAACCCAGACAGCAGUCUGCACCUGGUAGAGACCUUGAGGCAACUGGCCACUCGUACGCCCGCAACACUCAUUUUGGUGGGAUUCAAGCGACGACACACCGAAGAUGAUUUAUUCUUCACUCGAAUGCACCAAGCAAACUUCGAUACGCUCGAGACUCUCCAGAUUCCCCUCCCCUACAUUGACACCGACCAAGACGUGGACAUCCCAACCGCCGAGUUCUUCACCUAUAAGAUGCGUUUCCCGCCACAGGACCAGCAGUGA